AGGGGAGGAAAGGGGAGGAGAGAGUAGAGAGCAGAGGAGUUCAGAGCAGAGUGAGGAGAGGACCAGAGCAGAGGGAGGAAGGAGAGGAGGAGGAAGAAGAGGAGACAAGAGGGGAGGAGAGGAGAGGAGGGGAGAGGAGUAAACACACUCCAGAUGGGAUACUGGCAUUAAUGAAAUCCUAUAUUCUAGGGGAGGCAUGAAGUAUGAGCUCCACUGAUCUCUGCAGGAGCAAAACAAUAAGCUCAACUGGCUGAAAUCAUGAGCGCGCCAACGUCAGCAACCCCAAACAUGGAGGUGAAGGUGGGCUACCAGGAAAUGGCACUGCUAAGUAACAUCCUGGCAGCGUACACCUUCAUCGCAGACCAACCCGAGAGGACAGCCUUGGUGUUUCUGGGCAGUGUCUGUGUCGGCCUUCUCCUCACACUCUGCGCCAUCGUCUUCCAGAUACACUGUAAAGCAGACUGUCACAUCGGCAACAGUAAGCACCAUCGCCAUAGGAACAGGCAUCAUCAUCAUCAUCAUCAUCAUCGACAUCGCAGCUGCCCCCUCCAUCCGGCCAUUGACAAUAAUCCGGACAGCACUGCUGUUGUUCCGGUCAGAGGGCCAGGGCCUGCCGGCGACAGCGAAUCAGAGGAAUGGGACGACACAUCUGACCUGUCGGCACGGAGACGAAGACGCUUCGAGAGAGCUCUGCUGAACGCCACCAUGUUCACAUCAGCCGAGGAUCUGGACCGGACCCAGAGGCUAGAAGAGCGGGAACGGAUUCUCAGAGAGAUCUGGAUGAACGGACAACCAGACAUCAGUACAGUCACUCAAAGCCUCAACAGAUAUUACUGACGCACAAUUAAACAGACUUAUUAGUCACAAGGAUAUACAGACAGGCUGCCAGGCAGAUAGAUGAAGAGCAAACAAUUAUAAGAAAUACACUGGAUGGGCUCAACAUAAACCACCAAAGAGACUCUUACAAAUCCAACUAUAGGUGACAGUAGAGCCAGGAGCUUCCCCUCCGCUCUGUAAACAGGAAAACAUAUGAGCUGUGAUCUUAAUACAUACAGUCUAUGAGCUGUGAUGCCUCAGCCUCCAAUGCAGGGUGACACUGAAGUGUUGUGAAGAAUUAUGUCAACAAGGAAAGACACAACGGACCUACAGAGCUCACACUGCGAUGCGUGACUGCUGUUGGUGGAGACUGUACAGAUUUUAUAACUUUUGAACAUUUUUAAUGGUGCUUUUAAGAAAGAUAGAGCUGGUUCACAAUGAGAGUUCAGUUCAUGUGUGUGGUUUAUAAUAUAAAUCUGCAACUAUUAGACGAUUGAAUAUAAUCGCCAACUUUUAAAUUAUCAAUGCUGUUUUCAGCUUCUCAAAUAUGGAGAUUUCCUGUUCUACUCUGUUUUAUAUCAAAUUAGACUUACAUUACUUACAUACUUUGGUUUGUAUGUGACAUAACAACACAUUUAAAGACAUAACCAUAGAUCCCUAAAACACUGCAAUGCACAUUUUCCCCAUUUUUGGACAUUUUAGCACUUGUAUAGACAAAGUUAAUAAAUUAAUCUGGACAACAAUGGGCAUUAAUAAUGAAAGUAAGUUGCAGCCUUAUUGAAAUAUCAGUGAUAUUAUGUUGUUGCACUGUUUCUCAGCUUAUGUUUUUUUGGGGGAUGAAAGAUCAAUGCCAAGACACACAAACAUACUGGUGCUUUUACUGCUGUAAAUCCUCAGAUAAGAGAAUACUAAUAUGAUGGACACUUAAUGGCUGUUUGUUGAUAAAAUAUGUAAGAUACAACAUGACCAGACUGUUGGUUGCAUCUAAGGCUGAUCAGCUGCAGGCGUUUUUACACAUGGACUUCGAACAGCAGGUCAUCCUUUUUCGAUCAUCCUAUGCUUCUUGAUUUGUCUCAUUUGGUAAUGAACUGAAAUUAUAAUAAACUGUCAUUUCAAGAAUUAAUGAAAGGUGUUUUCUGUACAUAUAAUUGAGUAAAGUCCCUCGUCGAAUUUAAAUAUUGUGGCCCACAUUUCUUUAACAGUUUUUGAGUGCCUUUGGGUUUGUUGUACACACUGUAUGUCUCAUCUUUUGUGACCUUGUUGACGGCAUUAAUAAUAAAUAGCUGUGAUG